UAUUUUACUGCUGUCUCGAGAUCAAAUUAUUACUGUAGAGAGAUUUUUUUUUCUAUUUCAUUAACAGAUUAUUAUAAAGCAAUAAGCUUGCAGGAAGACAAGCAGACGUUUUACCUUGAGAUUUAAUGAAAGCGUGCCUGCUAGCUUUUAAAGGGUGAAGAGUGGGUAGUUGUUUAAAAUCUUACCCCACCCUCGCAAAAACUCUUUGGAAAUGGGAGAAUCGAGAGGAGGAUGAUUCUUGAGGCGUUCCUAAUCACCAGGUGUCAGACUAUGUGGUGUUUGUGGACUGGUCUAACGUGCCAAAUCAAAGAUCAGCAGGGAAAAAUCAUUUGAGAAGAAAUCUACAAGGCGCAUCCAAUGCUUAGCAGGACCACCCUGACAGAGAAAGGAAGACGAUGUUUCGGGAAGGCAAGGGUUCGGGGCAGCUGGGGUGGAGGCGGCGGUCCGCGGCACGGUGGCUUCGUGCGCUGCCCUAGGGGAAGAGGAUGGGCCUGAGGUCCGGGAAGAGCCUUCCCGAGCCCACCACUGCCAAUGCGGGGAGGGAAAAGUUCCGAAGCUGCCUCGAGGGAACAAAAGCCUGAUUUGGGGCCGGCUGAACUGGACUGGACAUUGAAGCAAGCCAGCCUGCUCCGGAGACAGGCAGGGGGCUCCUGCUGGCUCGGCGGAGGCCGGAGCAACCCUCGCCGCCGCCCUCGCCACCGCGCCGCCGCCGCCGCGGCCCCUGCGUUACUGGGGGAGACGGUGCCGCUGCGACAGGGGAGGACGCGGCUGGAGCUGAAGGAGGCUCCAACGCGCAGGCGCCGCCGAGCCCUGCCUGGAUGCUCAGUCAAGGCACUCAGGAAAAAAAAAAUCAGCAAUUUAUAGAAAGAAGAAGCUAUAGUCUGUCGGGAUAUCCAACACCAACAGGUAGGAGGAUAUACUCUCGGUUAAGUUUGGGGGAGGGGGGUGCACCGUGCUAAUGAAACUGCAGGUUCAUCAGGAUACAGCCCUCCCUGAGGGUUUUUUUUUUUUUUUGACAAUAAACUGCAUAAUGGAAGUACAUUCAGACAAUGCAUCUUCUGUAAAGCUUAUUGAGAAUUCGGUUUCUGGAAACGUUUGCAAAUCUGAGGAAUAUGAGGCUGCGAAUCAAGGAGAACCCUUCCCUUGCAGCACAGAAGCAAUCUCUUCCCAUCUUCGAAUAUUCUGAUGGCAAAUCAAAUGGAAGGCAAGAGGAAGCAUGACCACAGAUUGGAUCUGAACUCUUUGUGGAUUACAUUUUCAGUAAAAUGUAUGGAUCUAUCUUUUCCUUGUUCUUAUAUCUAGAUCAUGAGACUUGACUGAGGCUGUUUCCUUAUCCUCCAUCCAUCUAUGGCGAACUAUAGCCAUGCAGCUGACAACAUUUUGCAAAAUCUCUCGCCUCUAACAGCCUUUCUGAAACUGACUUCCUUGGGUUUCAUAAUAGGAGUCAGUGUGGUGGGCAACCUUCUGAUCUCCAUUUUGCUAGUGAAAGAUAAGACCUUGCAUAGAGCUCCUUACUACUUCCUGCUGGAUCUGUGCUGCUCAGACAUCCUCAGAUCUGCAAUUUGUUUUCCAUUUGUAUUCAACUCUGUCAAAAAUGGCUCUACCUGGACUUACGGGACUCUGACUUGCAAAGUGAUUGCCUUUCUGGGGGUUUUGUCCUGUUUCCACACUGCCUUCAUGCUCUUCUGCAUCAGCGUCACCAGAUACUUAGCCAUCGCCCAUCACCGCUUCUAUACAAAGAGGCUGACCUUUUGGACGUGUUUGGCUGUGAUCUGCAUGGUGUGGACUCUGUCUGUGGCCAUGGCAUUUCCCCCAGUUUUAGAUGUAGGCACCUACUCAUUCAUUAGGGAGGAGGAUCAGUGUACCUUCCAACACCGCUCCUUCAGGGCUAACGAUUCCCUAGGAUUUAUGCUGCUCCUUGCUCUCAUCCUCCUAGCCACACAGCUUGUCUACCUCAAGCUGAUAUUUUUUGUCCACGAUCGAAGGAAAAUGAAGCCAGUCCAGUUUGUAGCAGCAGUGAGUCAGAACUGGACCUUUCAUGGCCCUGGAGCUAGUGGCCAGGCAGCUGCCAAUUGGCUAGCAGGAUUUGGAAGGGGUCCCACACCACCCACCUUGCUGGGCAUCAGGCAAAAUGCGAAUACCACAGGCAGAAGACGGCUCUUGGUUUUGGAUGAGUUCAAAAUGGAGAAAAGAAUCAGCAGAAUGUUCUAUAUAAUGACUUUCCUCUUCCUAACCUUGUGGGGUCCCUACCUGGUGGCCUGCUAUUGGAGAGUUUUUGCAAGAGGGCCUGUAGUACCAGGGGGAUUUCUAACAGCCGCUGUCUGGAUGAGUUUCGCCCAAGCAGGAAUCAAUCCCUUUGUCUGCAUUUUCUCCAACAGGGAGCUGAGGCGCUGUUUCAGCACAACCCUUCUUUACUGCAGAAAAUCCAGGUUACCAAGGGAACCUUACUGUGUUAUAUGAGGGAGCAUCUGUAAAUCUUUAGCCUUGUGAGAUACUAACCCUCUCUGCUAAGCAAUUGUGGCCUGUAGCCAUGUCUUGAGAAGAAAAAAAAAAGAAAACAAGGAUGGAAUCAGCAGUUGUAAGGAUUUGGUCAACGUUCUGCAGUCUUUGCAAUAGUUCACCUAUAAUCCUGUUUUAAAUCUCAGAGUGAUCCUGCUGACUGCUGGCGAAGGUUUGUAAUUAAGAAAGGACAGAACCACUGCCCUAAGUUUCUUUCUGUGGGUGAACACUAGAUAAUGAACGUAGCAGGUGCUAAGUAUCAGUGCUAAAUGCUGUGUAUAUCAUCACAUAUGAAAAAAAACUUAAAAAAACAAUUAGCAUUGGACAUUUUAAUAAAUUAAGUUGACAUGAGGUAAAUGUGUUGAUAAAAGCUAAUUUUAGAAGUUUGAAGACUUUAAAACAUUUCAUACUAUUUUUGUUUUGCAAAGACUACACUACUGGGGGACUUAACAGUACUGUAAUUCUUAAAAAGAUGUGCCAUGAAUUAUUGGGGUACAACACUUUAAACACGCCUUGUGAGUUUGGGGGAAGCAUUCCAAAGCAGUAUAUUGGUUCCAAUUAGAGUUUACCUUUUUUGUAUUAAUAUAUUGCUAUUUCUAAAUCCCACUUUCCUUCCCUACCAGUGAAAUUGCUAGCAUUGAACUGUAUUAUGUGUUUUUUGUUAAUUCAGUAAAAAAAAAAAAAAGUUUCCAGUUUGUUUCUAUUUUACAAAUGCUAGAUAUCUGUCCGGGAGGCAACAUGAAUGGAAUCAACUGACCACAGAUGAGCAGUUCUAAAAAUGCAGAAUAAACACGUGUUGCCUUAAAGGGUUAUCUAGUAUCCUUCAUCUUCUUUAGCAAUGGAGCAAGUAGUCAAGAGGCAUUGAACCAGUAACUGGCCAUGGCUGUUCAUUGGGAAUUCAUGGAAGAGCAUUCAAUGCUUUCCCCUCUUCCCUCACGUGCUUUGAAAGUUCAAGUACACACCAUUAAGAUAAUGAGAUUUUCUUCUGAGGUGUGCUACCCAUUCUAGUGUGUUCUAAGAAGCAGACAGUUGAUAUGUGUUUAUAUUGUAAGUCAGCUGUCAGGGGAGCCCACAGCCUUAGUGUGACAUCUGGCACAAUUUGUGAAGCAUUUAUUGUAUGGAAGGCACAGUCUUCUUUAUACUUUCUGCACAUUCAGUGUAUUGGUCCUUUCGAUUAUUUCAGUUCUAACUUGUGAAAGCUUAUAAUAUGAUUUCUGGUAUUUUAGAAAUACAUUAGAUUCUGUGAGUCUCAUUCUUUAAGAUACAGAUGUGUGAACUUCAAUAUAAAGUUGCAUUUGCCAAAA